AAGCUCAUCACUAAUUUUCAAUAAAUAGCGAGCAACUCUAAGAGGACAAACGGACAUCCAAAGCCUAUCACUGUCUUUCUUCACAAUGGUCCACUAUGCAUUCCUCACGUUCAGCCUCCCUGGCCACCUCACUUGUAUGGUGACCCUAGCCGAGAAACUUAUAAAAGUACAUCCCGACCUCACCGUUACCAUCUAUACGAUAGAUGCCGCCGCUGACAAAUGUGCACCAAUUAAAGCAAUGCCUGGCCUCAAUAUCGUUACACUCAAAUUGGGACCAAAUGGAGGCAAUGUGAAAGAAUUAUUCACUUACUCACUCGAGCAACCUGCCCAGCUGGCUGAUGAUGUCCUACUUGGUAUCAAAAAUGAUCUGUCUUCUCGAGCAGGAGUAACCUAUCCCUCUGUGGCUGUGAGUAACCAGUACGGCUCGACCUGGGGCCGCCAAGUAGCAGCCAAAAUGGGUAUCAAGUCAUAUAUUUUCAUGCCAUCUCCAAUGAUUGUGUGGACAGUGCAAAUGUUGCUGCCUCAAGUGUAUGCUAGUGGGUUUGAUCGUAAAGGAUUCUUAGAAGUGCCUCAUUACGGGCUCCUUAACCAUUUACAGCUACUCGACAUGGGUGGAAUGGUUGACGGGUUGGCAGAGCAAUGCAGAUUAGCACAAACGCACGAUGGAAUGCUCAUCAACGAUCAAGAGGAAACCUAUGAUUCGCAUUAUAUAGCCGCUCUAAAAGAAUAUAUCCCCAACGUUCGAUUUAUCGGUUAUUUGCCGCCAGCAACAGACUUCUCGAAGCCACCGGCCCCUAAACAAGCCCAAUCUACCUGCCCUGAGGUGCAAGGGCCAGAAAGCUUAGUUCUUCCAUGGUUGGAUCGCCAAGGACCACGCUCAGUAAUUUACAUAGCCAUGGGUUCAUGGGUACAUCUCUGUAAGGCUGAUCAGGUCGAGCUAGCCUUUGCACUGGAGAAAGUAGGCCGUCCUGUUGUGUGGACUAUUAAGAAGUACAACGAGACUGUACCUUACCGACCGUCGCACGCCGGGAAAGACUACAAGGAAAGAGAAUGUAAAGUCCAAUGCGAUGAGUACGGUCUACCCGAGGGAUGGCUAGACAGGAUGGGAGACCGAGUCUUGAUUGUUGAGUGGGCCCCUCAGACUACAAUCCUAAGCCACUCUUCAACAGGCUUGUUCAUCUCUCACUGUGGAUGGAACUCCUUGACAGAAUGUGUAUCGUUAGGAGGCAUUCCGAUUGUUGGAGUGCCAAUCUUUACAGAUCAGCCAAUCAACGCUCACAUGUUGGAGCACAAACUCAAAAUCGGGAAGAAUCUCUGGAGCAACCCUACUGAAGGAGAAUUGGAUCGCCAUCUUGUGGCUGAUACUAUCUAUGAAGUCAUGGGCAAUCAGGUGUUCGCUGAAAAUGCAGCCAAAUUGAAGCGCCACAAUGACAGGCGGUGGAAUGGAGCAUCAGGCGACUCGAUGAAGAAACUGAAGGAGUUCUGUGAUGAGGUUGAGAGUAAAUAGCCUGCCUGAGCAAACCUAGAUUAUCCUUCCUAGCUUCAGCGACCCUUUCCUAUUUAAAUCUUACGCUGUAGAAAGCUCUAGACAGACAAGUAGUAGCUAAGGAGCAGUCAAAUAU